AUGAGCCCUACUUAUCCCGAAGUUACGAUAGUCAAUUUGCCGAGUUCCUUUAUGAUUGUUAUCUCAAUUACGCCUUCGUAUACUCUACUAGCUUACCAUAGUCGGUUUCUAGAUAAAUGUCGUCUUAUAAUAAAAGAUUUUCUCAUCGCUUCAAUCUUUAGAUAA